AUGCCUGGAGCGCCACGUUUUACGCAGAAACCUUCUAUCCAACAAACUCCGCAAGGAGAUCUGCUAAUGGAGUGCUACCUAGAAGCCGACCCACCACCUGAUAUUGUAUGGAACCACGCUGGCACGCCAAUUAUUGCUGGACCACGUGUAGAGCUAACACUUAGUAAUUUGCAAACCAAUCUUUACAAAGCGAUUCUAAUUAUUAAGGAGCCAAAUGUUGGUGAUGGCGGGGCAUACAAAUGCACAGCAAGUAAUCAGUUUGGUGAAUCAAAUGCAAAUAUCAAUCUUAACUUCGCAGGUGCUGGUGACGAACAAAAAGGGGCAGCCAAGGGGCCAACAUUUCUCAGCAAACCACGAAUUAUCCCAAAAGAUGGCGGAGCAUUAAUUGUGAUGGAAUGUCGGGUGAAAAGUACCUCGAAACCAUAUGGGAUCUGGUAUAAAAAUGGCGUGCCAAUUCAUGAAAAUACUCUUUACUCUAUAUCUUUCUCAGAUCUCGGAGAAUCCUCAUAUCUUUUACAACUGGAAUUACAUAAUCCUGCGGCGGAAGAUGCUGGGCAAUAUAAGUGUAAUAUCAAAAAUGAUCUAGGUGAAACAAAUGCGAAUUUAACAUUAAAUUUCGAACAAGAACCAAUGGAGCAACAUGAGAAGAUUGACAAGAAUCGUGAAAAAGAUUCUGCUUCUCCUCGACCUGCUUCUCGACAAGGUUCAAGACUAGGAUCACCAAAGAAACAAAUGAAAUCUCGAGAAGGGACACCAAAGAAAUCUUUAAAAUCCCGUGAAGGUACACCAAGAAAAUCAAUACAGUCAGAGACAGCGACACCGACACAGGAAGCGGAAACGAACGUUUCAUCAAUAACCGAAAUGUCGGAAGUUAAAACAGAGCAAAUGGAAGUUGACAAUGUUAGUGCAAAACGAAAGAGUAUGACGACUCUUCCACAGAAAGAAAAAAAAUCACGACAGAAGUCACCGCGGCCUAAAUCUAAAUCACCGAAACCAGAAACUUUUCAAGUAGAUAAUGAGAAUACAGAUAAAGACAGGAUGAUGAGUUGCACUUCCAGCAACAAAGCAGAUCAUACUUCAGCAGCAAAAGCAAGCGAAGUGCGAAAAAUACCGAAAGAUAGUUCUAUCAAAGUCGAUGAAAUUGGAGCACAAGAAUGCAGAAAUGAAACGCCGAAAUCUACAACAAUUACGAAAACAGAAGAAACGAAAAUAAAUCAAAUAACAAAACACUCACUAAGAGCUAAAGAAAAAAAUAUAGAACUUGAAUCCAACCUCAUUUCGGAAUCAGAACUAGAAAAAUCUACUGCAUCAAUUGCACAUGAUGAAAAGAAGCAUCCUACAAAAUCAAGGGAAGCAAUAAAGAAAAAAAGGAAAGAGGAACAGAAAUCCAAAUCAUCAAAACUCCGUGACUUGAAAUCAGAACUUGAAGGAAAAGAAACUGACGAAAUUUCGGGAUCUGGAUUGAUGAUUGGACCGGAACGAAAGAAAGAGCUCAUGGCAAUGCAUUUAGAUGGUGGUGCUUCCGGAGAUGAAAUAUCGGAAUCAAUUUCAGAGUUGCCUUCGGUCUCUGAUAUCACUUAUAAGAGACCUUCAGCAAUAAGACGUAGCAGUGUCGACAUGCGUCGUGAAAAUUUGGCUGCUGAAAUGCUGGAUAAACCCUCAACUCCACUGAAAAAUAUCGGUCCAGAAGGCGCACCAAGGAUUCUCGAAAUUCCAGAAAAUGUUACUGUAACAAAAAAUGAUACAGCUGUUUUGAAAUGUAAGGUGGAAGGCAAUCCGGCACCAACAUUCAAAUGGAGUAAAGGACUUGUUGAGAUUCCUUCUGGUGGACGAUGCAGAAUAGUUACGGAUCAACAGGACAAUUCAGUGAAUCUCGUUAUGCAGAAAUGUCGAUCGAACGAUGACGGGCCAUAUACAUUAACUAUUGAAAAUAAAUAUGGCAAAGAUUCUGCAUCCGUUAAACUGUUGGUAAUUUCCGAAGCUGGGCUUGACUUCAGAUCAAUGCUGAAACACAGGGAGCAUGAAGAAGGUGGAGAUGAAGAUGAUGAAAAAAGCACUUCUUCACGGACAAGAUCGAUGACAGACGUCGAACGACGUCAAUCGUUAUUUCCUGGUAAAAAAGUUGAGAAAUGGGAGGAACCACUGGAGAAUAAAACUGUUCAGCAGCAAGUGGAUAAAAUUUGCGAAUUGAAAUGUACCUAUUCGAGAUCGAAUGCUAAAAUCAGGUGGUACAAAAACAAGAAGGAAAUUUUCAGUGGUGGCUUAAAAUAUAAAAUUGUAACCGAAAAAGCAGUCUGUACAUUGAUUAUCAACAAUCCUGAAGUUGAUGAUAGCGGGAAAUACACCUGCGAAGCAAAUGGUUUGCCAACAACUGCUGUUCUGACUGUUGAUGAACCUCCAAUGAAAUACAGCUUCAUCACACCUUUGCCGAACACACAAGAAAUAUACAGGACAAAACAAGGCGUGCUCACCUGUAAAGUAAAUAACAAACGAGCUCCAUUAGUUUGGCAUCAUAAUGGAAAACCAAUUUCGGAUUCUGAUAAACGGUUCUUAAUCGAGAACGACGCAAUUGGUCGUUUCACAUUGACAAUCAAAGAUGUCACCAAUGGAGAUGCUGGCGAAUGGAUGGCCAAAAUUACUAACGAAAUCUACAGCAAAGUAGAAGUUUAUGUUGAAGAGCCACGACAUACCUUCGUUAUUCCCUUAAAGUCGCAGAAAGUGACAGAAAAUGAAAGUGUGCAACUGGUCUGUGAUUUAAAUGACAAAGAUGCAGAUGUUGAAUGGUGGCAUGAUGGGGUUCAAAUUAAAAUAGAUGGACAAAAAUUCGUUGCUGAAGCAGAGAACCGAAAACGUCGACUAAUCAUAAACAGUGCUAAAAUGGAAGAUCACGGAGAGUACAAGUGUACAACGAAAGAUGACCAAACACUAGCACAACUCAUUGUUGACGCUCUCAAUAAGUUUGUUGUUCCGUUAUCCGAUAUAGAAGUUUUCGAAAAGGAAGAUGUCGAUUUACGCUGUGAAACAAAAGACAAUAAGACUCCUGGAGUAUGGUCGAAAAAUGGAAAAAUUAUAACAUCGAUGCCCGGUGGAAAAUUUGAAACCAUAUCUAGGCAAGGUGUACACACUCUUAAGAUUUCGAAAAUUGAAAUUUCUGAAGGUGACAUUUACGAAAUCAAUGUUGGAGGCCUGGAAGGUUCCUGUGUCAUUACCGUUCUAGAAGCUGAAAAGAAACCGGUUAUGAAUUGGAAGCCUAAAAAAGUCGAAAUGGAAUGUGACAAACCCGAAACCAUCAAAAUUCCCUUCUCUGUCAAGGGUGGUCGAAAAGGCAAUCCAAAACCAAAACUGUGUCGGAACGGAGAACCUGUAGAUUUGGAGAAAAUGAAAGAUCUUAUAGAAGUUGUAAUAAAUGACGACGUUGUUGAAAUUAAAUUCAAAAAUCCGAAGAAAGAAGAUGCUGGAAAAUGGACGCUAGAACUCAGUAACUCCGGUGGUACUGCACUUGCACCAUUUGAAGUGAUGAUCAAAGAUAAACCCAAACCACCGAAAGGACCGCUUGAAACCAAAAAUGUUACCGCUAAAGGAUGUGAUCUUAUAUGGAAUGCACCUGAUACCGAUGAUAGUUCUCCAGUGCAGGGAUAUGUUGUUGAGAUGCAAGAGGGCGACGGAAAAUGGACCAAAAUCGGCGAAACGAAGCAAACCGAAUUUAAGGUGAAAAGUUUGAAAGAACAUGGACAAUAUAAGUUCCGGGUGAAGGCAGUGAAUGACGUUGGUCAAUCUGAACCACUCAUCAGUGAAACAAUUACUGCUAAAAAUCCUUAUUCCGUUCCUGACAAACCCAAAAAUAUGACAGCAACAGAUAUUAGCAAGAAUUCAUUGUCACUCCAAUGGGAAGCUCCUGACAACGACGGUGGUUCUCCUGUCGAAAAAUAUGUCAUAGAAAGGCGUGACAAAUCUGGAAAGAACUGGACUGAAGUAGGAACGGUGCAAUCAUCAGAGGGGAAAAGUGUGUUCACUGUCAUUGAUGAUACAGUUAUUGAAGGAAAUGAAUAUUACUAUCGAGUUUAUGCAGUUAAUCAAGCUGGUUCUGGAGAUCCGUGUGACCAUGGACGAGCUUUCAAAAUCCUUGCCAAGCCAGAACUACCCGCAUUUCCGAAUGGUGGUAUUUACGAUCUGAUACUAAAAGUUGGUGAGACGAUUAAAUAUGACCUGAUAAUCGUUGGCGAACCGAUACCCGAAGCAUUCUGGACAGUAAACGAUAAAGUAAUCAAGCACGGAGGUCGUUGCAAAAUAAUUACUGAACGUGGCAAACAUCUUCUGAAGAUAGAAGAUGCUGCAAGAGCUGAUUCUGGAAAAUAUACUUUGACAUUAAAAAAUGAAAGUGGUAAAUGUGACUCAACAGCAACGGUGACAGUUGUUGGGCCACCAGAUCAACCUAAAGGGCCUUUGGUAAUCUCAGCUAUUUGUGGUGACGGUGCCACAUUAGCAUGGAAACCCCCGGAUGAUAACGGAGGUGAACCCUUAGAGGAAUAUAUUGUGGAAGCACAAGACAUGGAUGAAAAAGGAAAAUUUGUAGUAGUAGGUUCGAUGCCUGCUUCUGAAACUCAAAUGGUUGUACAUGGCUUGAAAGACAAAGGAAAUUACAAAUUCAGAGUGAAAGCGAAAAACAAGGAGGGUGAAUCAAGUCCGUUGACUGCAGAUCAAUACGUACAAAUAAAGGAUCCCUGGGAUGAACCUGGUAAACCAGGAUGUCCUGAAAUUAUCGAUUACGAUGCUGACAAAAUUGAUAUAGCUUGGCAACCACCGACUGAAGACGGCGGUGCACCAAUUGAAGAAUACAUUAUUGAAAUGAAAGAUCCAGUAACUCAAAAAUGGACUGAGGCGGCCAGAUCACCAAAAGCAAAUGCGACGAUUACGGGUUUGAAAGAAGGCAACGAAUAUCAAUUCCGAGUGAAAGCAGUUAAUAAAGCUGGCCCUGGGCAACCAAGCAAACCCUCUGAGAGACAAGUUGCUAAGCCUAAAUUCGUACCGGCAUGGCUGAAAAUGGACAAUUUGAAGAGUUUAAUUGUAAAGGCGGGUCAGUCAGUUAAAUGGGACGUGGAAAUUGGAGGUGAGCCAACACCUGAAGUUAAAUGGAUUAAGAGCGAUGAAGUAUUGACAUCAAACGAAUCUGUCCAGAUUGAAAUGAAAAGACAUGGUCACACUUUGCUUUACAUUCUAUCUGCGAAACGCUCCGAUGGUGGCAAAUAUACUCUGAGUGUAAAAAAUUCAACUGGAGAACAAAGUGGAACUGCAGAACUAACUGUUUUGGAUAAGCCAAAUCCACCAGAGGGUCCGCUAAAGAUCUCAGAAGUGUUUGAAAAUAAAUGCAAGCUUAGUUGGAAACCACCAGAAGAUGAUGGUGGUGAACCCAUCGCAUACUACGAAAUAGAGAAGUUUGAUGAAGAAGUGGGAAAAUGGAUUAGGUGUACUAAAGUCAAAGACACUGAGGCACAUAUCGACGAUCUGCAAAAAGGACAUACUUACCAAUUCCGUGUGAAGGCAGUGAAUCACGAAGGUGCUAGUGAUCCUCUAUCGACAAAGGACUCCAUUUUAGCAAAGAAUCCGUAUGAUGAGCCAGGGAAACCAACGACUCCAGAAGCUAUUGAUUGGGAUAUUAAUCGAGUGAAUCUGGCUUGGAAGCCACCAGAUGAUGAUGGUGGUGAUCCAAUAAGUGGUUAUGUAGUCGAAAAAAGGAAAAAGCACGCUAAAGACUGGGUGGAGUGUGCUAGAACAAAUGGUGCUGGAUGUGAAGCUAACAUUUUGGGUUUGAAAGAAGGCGAGGAAUAUCAAUUUAGAGUUAGGGCAAUCAAUAAGGCUGGAAUGGGUAAGCCAUCAGACCCAAGCAGAAAAGUUAUUGCGAAACCUCGCAACUUGAAACCACAUAUUCAUCGUGAAUCGAUGAAAUCGAUCGUAAUCAAAGUAGGCGAAAGCGUAGAAUUUGAUGUACCAGUCAGUGGUGAACCUCCACCAGAAAAGGCUUGGAUGCUAAACGACAAACCGAUCGAAGACGAUGAACAUAUUACGAUAACAGAUGAAGAUUACAGAACUGCCUAUGUGUUAAAAAAUGCGAUGCGAAAGCACAGUGGGAAAUACACAUUAACUGUGUUUAAUAUUAAUGGAACAGAUAAACAUAGUGUAGAUGUGACUGUUAUCGGGAAGCCUUCCGCACCUGAAGGACCGUUAGAGGUAUCAGACAUUCAUGCGGAUCAUAUGAAUCUGGAAUGGAAGCCACCGGACGAUGACGGAGGUCUUCCGAUUGACCAUUAUGAAAUUGAGAAAAUGGACGUCUCUACUGGAAGAUGGGUUCCAUGCGGACGGUCAGAAGAUUGUAAAGCAACCGUGAAGAAUCUACAGGAAAGCAAAACUUACCAAUUUCGCGUUCGAGCCGUCAAUAAAGAAGGACAAUCGGACCCACUUGCUACAAUAGGAGAUGGGUUCUUAACCAAAAAUCCGUACGAUGUUCCAGAGAAAGUGGAUAAACCAGAACUAGUUAAUUGGGAUAAGGAUCAUGUUGAUUUGCAGUGGAAAGCUCCAGAUGACGGUGGUACACCGAUUGAAGCGUAUAGUUUGGAGAUAAAAGAUAAGCACGGAAAAUGGACGGAAGUUAUGAGAAUUUCUGGUUUGGAAACAUCUGCUCGAGUUGAGAAUUUGAAGGAAGGUGAAGAAUAUCAGUUCCGUAUCAUUGCCAAAAAUAAGGCUGGUUAUGGUGAACCAUCUAAUCCGAGUGACCACAUCAUCGCGAAACCCAGGCAUUUGGCACCUUAUAUUCAUCGUCAGGAUGUGGAAGACAUAAUUGUCAAGGUGGGACAACCUUUGCGACUCAUCAUUCACAUUGAUGGGGAACCACCUCCCAAAAUUAUCUGGAGUUGUGAUGGUGAACCACUUGAUUCGAAUAUUGUUGUUGAAAAUGAGGAUUAUAUUACCAAGUUUACUGUAACGAAAGCAAUCAGGAAACAAUCUGGAUUCUACACCAUAACGGCUGUAAAUGAAAGUGGUUCAGAUAGUGUUAAAUUCGAAAUCAAAAUAAAGGGAAAACCUGGAAAACCAAAAGGCCCUGUAGAAGUCACUGAUAUAUUUGAUGAUCGCACGACCUUAAACUGGCAACCACCGGAAGAUGAUGGUGGCGAACCCAUUGACCAUUAUGAGCUGGAAAAGAUGGAUACUAAAGAUGGUAUCUGGGUACCAUGCGGAAAAUCCAAAAACACAUCAUUCGAAGUUAAAAACCUCAUCAAGGACAAAUUUUAUCAGUUUCGUGUAAAAGCAGUCAAUUCUGAAGGUUCUUCGGAACCUUUGGAGACGGAUAGCUAUAUACACACCAAAAAUCCCUUUGAUAAACCAGAUAGACCUGGAAAACCAGUACCAACUGAUUGGGAUAAGGAUCACAUUGACCUUGAAUGGACUAAGCCAGCAAAUGAUGGCGGGGCACCAAUCGAAGAAUAUCUGAUUGAAAAACGUAAUAAAUAUGGACGGUGGGAACCUGCUUUAACAGUAUCCGGUCAGUCGACAACAGCUGCAGUUCCGAAUCUUGCAGAAGGUGAAGAAUAUGAAUUCCGCGUUAUAGCUGUCAACAAAGGUGGACCGUCGGAACCAAGUGAUCCAAGUGCAGCUGUUGUUGCAAAAACGCAGAACUUGGCCCCAAAAAUUGAUCGGAGCACAUUGAAACCAAUGAAGGUGAAAGCAGGACAAAUGGUUGUUUUCGAUGUCUUGGUUGAGGGAGAACCACCACCAACAAUCACUUGGAUAAAUGCAAACGGACAUGAGAUGAGGCAUGGUGGUCGUAUCAAGCUUGAUAAUCCAGAAUACCGAACAAAAUUGCAGAUACGGGCAUCUGAAAGGAGUGAUAGCGGUAUAUACAAAAUUCAUGCCGUUAAUCCAAAUGGUGAAGAUGAGGCUACUGUUGAAAUUAAUGUCAUCGAUAAGCCAAGGCCGCCAGACGGCCCACUAAACGUAACAGAUAUCCAUGCUGAUCAUGCUACCCUAGACUGGAAGGCUCCUACAGAUGAUGGCGGAUUACCAAUUGAUAGUUAUGUUGUCGAAAGAUUCGACACAUCCACUGGUCACUGGAUUCCAUGCGUUAAGGUGGAUGAUGGACAGACAAGUGCUGUUAUUGAUGGUCUCAUUGAAGGACAUGAAUAUAAGUUUCGUGUAUCGGCAGUUAAUGCUGAAGGUGAAUCUGAUCCUCUUGAUACCUUUGGAGCUAUCCGGGCAAAAAAUCCAUAUGAUGCACCAGGAAAAACUGGAAAGCCGGAAGUUAUCGACUGGGAUAAUGAUCACAUAGAUUUGAAGUGGACAUCUCCUACAAAUGAUGGUGGUGCACCCAUUGAGGGUUACGUGAUUGAAAUGAAGGAAAAGUUCGCGCCUUUUUGGAAAGAAAUCAAGGAAGUAUCAGCUGACCAACUUACGACUACCAUACCUAAUUUGAAGGAUGGUUCCGAAUAUGAGUUCAGAAUACGAGCUAAGAAUAAAGCUGGUUUUGGAGAUCCAUCAGAUCCAAGUGAUUCCAUAAUUGCCAAGCCACGACACCUGCUACCAAAAAUUGAUCGUACUGCAAUUGAAGAAAUUAGAGUACGGGCUGGUCUUAACUUUCAACUCAAUAUUCCCGUUUCUGGUGAACCACCUCCAACGGUGACGUGGAUGUUCUCAGGACAACCGUUGGUAUCAUCAGAGAGAAUCAAGAUUGAGAAUCCAGAUUACAGGACUAAAUUUGUAGUGAAACGUGCUCUUCGUUCUGAUACUGGUAUCUACAUAAUUAAAGCCGAAAACAAAAAUGGUACGGAUACGGUUGAAGUUAAAGUGUUCGUAUACGACCGACCAGGUGAACCUAAAGGUCCACUUAAAACGGACAACGUUCACAAAAAUGGAUGUACCCUCGUCUGGAAAGAACCUGAUGAUGAUGGCGGUAUAGAGAUUAACCAUUACAUUAUUGAAAAACAGGACGUGAAAAGCGGACGUUGGACUUUUGCGGGUGAAGCAGCUACAACUACUAUGAAGAUUGAUGAUCUAACCCCUGGGCAUGAGUAUAAAUUUCGCGUGAAAGCGGUUAACAAAUACGGAGAAUCAGAUCCAUUAGAAACUACCCAACCAAUUAUUGCCAAAGAUCCAUUCGAUACUGCCGGAAAACCAGGCACUCCGGAGAUUAUAGAUUGGGAUAAGGAACACGUAGAUCUUCGGUGGAAUCCUCCCUUGGAUGAUGGUGGCGCCGCAAUCGAAAAAUAUGUCAUUGAAAAAAAGAUGGCAAAUAGUGAUUGGGAGUAUGCAGAAGAAGUACCAGCAGACCAGACCACCACAACGAUGAAUCAUUUGAAAGAAGGUGCAACCUAUCAGUUUCGUGUAAAAGCAAUUAACAAAGCCGGAGAGUCGACACCUUCCGAUCCAAGUUGUACUUUCGUAGCCAAAGCGCGUAAUUUACCACCAAAAAUUGACCGAUCUAAUUUGAAUGAAAUUCGCAUAAAAACUGGAGGUACUAUUGAAUUCGAUGUUAAGGUUGAGGGAGAGCCACCACCGAAGAUUUCUUGGUUCAACAAUGAAACACCACUAACAACCUUCGAGCGUACUAAAGUUGACAACUCGGUGGAUUACCGUACAAAAUUAGUUACUGUGAAUGCGGUACGUAAUGAUUCUGGCAUGUAUAAAAUUAUUGCCGUUAAUGAGAAUGGUAAAGAUGAAGAAGAAGUGAAGGUUGUGGUGCUCGACAUUCCAGGAACUCCGAAUGGACCUUUAAAAAUCACAGAUAUCACGAAGGAAAGUUGUGUCAUGAACUGGAACCCACCUGAAGAUGACGGUGGUUCACCUAUUUUACAUUAUCUCGUUGAAAAACAGGAGGCUAAUGGUCGUUGGGUGCCAUGUGGUGAAACUUCGAAUACUAGUUUACGGGUGAGCAAACUUGUGGAAGGGAAAGAAUAUAAAUUCCGUGUAAAAGCUAUCAAUCGUCAAGGAGAAUCACAACCUUUAACCUCAACUUAUCCAAUAAUCGCCAAGAAUCCGUUCGAUAAACCUGGUAAACCCACGAAUUUCACUGCGGUAGAUUGGGGUAAAGAUUAUAUCGAUUUGGAAUGGAAAGCACCAUUGGACGACGGUGGCGCACCAAUUGAAAACUAUAUUGUAGAGAAAAAAGAUAAAUUCGGUGACUGGAUGCCAUGUGUAACAAUUGCUGGAAAUAUGACUAAAGCUACUGUAGCUAAUUUAAUACCAGGCGAAACUUAUCAAUUCCGGGUGCGAGCAGUUAAUAAAGGUGGAAAAGGAGAACCCUCGGAUCCUACCCGAGAAAUAAUUGCGAAACCAAGAAAGCUAACACCUAAAAUCAAUCUAGCUGCACUUUUCGAUAUCCGAGUUCGAGCAGGAUCACCAGUUCACCUUGAAGUGAGCUAUGAAGGUGAACCAGCACCAGAGGCAUACUGGAGAAUUAAUGACGCCGUCUUUACUGGUACUGAUAGGGUUGAAAUUAUUACGAAAGAUGGUAACAGCAAAAUUGUGAUACCGUCAUCAGUUCGUGGUGACACAGGUACUUAUACGAUCCAGGUCGAGAAUGAACAUGGCAAAGAUAAGGCAUCCUGUACCGUGACUGUUCUAGAUGUUCCGGGAGUUCCGGAAGGACCAGCAAAGAUCAGUGACAUCACGAAAGAAGGAUGCACACUGACUUGGAGACCUCCGACCGACGAUGGUGGCUCUGAAAUUACGCACUAUGUAGUCGAGAAAAUGGACAUGACUCGUGGUACUUGGCAGGAAGUAGGCCAUUUUCCAGACUGUACUGCUAAAGUAACGAAACUGAUUGAUGGAAAGGAAUACAAAUUCUGUAUCAAAGCUGUCAAUAUGCAAGGACAGUCAAAUUCACUUGAAACCCAAGAAAUAAUUGCCAGGAAUCAAUUUGAUGUGCCACAGUCAGCGUCGAAACCAGAGAUCACCGACUGGGACAAAGAUCGCAUUGAUGUUGUAUGGAAGCCACCGACCGACACUGGUGGACUACCGAUCCAAGAAUACAUCAUUGAAAAGAAAGAGAAAGGUAAUCCAGUUUGGAUUGAAGCAGGAAGAGUUAGUGGAGAUAUCACAGCUUUCUCAACUAAUGGUCUGAAACCUGGAUCGGAAUACGAAUUCCGAAUUAUUGCAGUAAAUGAAAUUGGUCAAUCCGACCCAUCCGAGCCAUCAGAUGCUCAAAAAGCUCGUCCAAGAUAUGUAAUACCCAAAAUUAUCUCUCAAAUACGGAAAUUUAAAGUCAAAGCAGGUUUGUCGCUGACAGUAGAAGCAGAAUAUAUUGGUUCUCCAGAUCCGUCAGUAAGCUGGGAAUUCAAAGAUGAACCAUUAGCUGAAAACCUUUUGGUAAGUAGUAAGAAUGGAGUGCUAACAAGUAUAACAAGUUUUUUCAUACCAUCUGCUAAACGGUCUGAAAAUGGAAAUUACACACUGAGACUGAAAAAUGAAGCUGGUGAAACGUCCGGUUUAUUUGAAGUUAUUGUCCAAGAUAGACCGUCGACACCCCAAGGACCGAUUAAAGUAACUAAUGUUACUAAAGAGAGUUGCAUUCUUAACUGGCAACCACCGCAAGACGAUGGUGGUGCGGAAAUCACCAAUUACGUGGUCGAGAAGCGUGAUCUGCAGUCGAAUAUUUGGAUACCGGUGUCAGUCUUUGUUCCUGGUACCACAGCCGUAGUGUCUAAACUUGCUGAAGGACACCAAUAUGAAUUCCGAGUCAUGGCUGAAAAUGCAAAUGGACGAUCAGACCCGCUGAACAGUGACUCACCUGUGCUUGCUAAGGAUCCAUUUGGCAAUCCUGGUAAACCCGGUCGACCAGUUGUUACCAAUCACGAUUUGAACCACAUAGAUAUCGAAUGGGAACCACCUAAAGAUAAUGGUGGCAAUCCAAUUUCACAUUACAACAUCGAGCGUAAAGACUUGAAGAAUGGUCGUUGGAUCAAGAUAAACAAUGAGCCAGUGAAAGAUAUCAGUUUCGUAGAUGAUCGUGUCCAAGAAGGUCAUACUUAUGAAUACCGAGUCCGAGCAGUGAACCAGGCCGGUCAUGGUGCACCAUCGGAUCCUUCAGCUGCAGCCACUGCAAAACCAAUGUAUGAGGCUCCAGUAUUUGAUAUUGACAUCCAGGGCAAGGAAUUUCGGGUUCGUGCUGGAGAACCACUGGAUAUCAAUAUUCCAUAUACAGCAUCACCAAAGCCUGAUAUUAUCUGGAUGAAAAAUGAUCAAACGCUUAACGGUGUAGAGACAGACGACUCGAAAACACGUCUUUAUAUCAAGAAAAGCAAACGUUCGGACUCCGGUGAAUGCAUCAUUACUGCAUCGAAUUCGUACGGUAAUGUACAAGCAACAAUUAAAAUUUCCGUAGUUGACCGACCAGGACCUCCAGAAGGUCCAAUGGCUUAUCCGGAAACAUCACGCCAUUCCUUAACCUUAAGAUGGCGUCCACCUGAGGAUGAUGGUGGUUCAGAGAUUACCGGUUAUCGGAUUGAAUACCAAGAAACAGAUAUGUUGAAUUGGAUUCGUGUUAUCGAAGCAGUCGGUGGUACCACAUACAUCGUUCGCGGACUGGAUCACGGAAAGCAAUAUCGCUUUCGUGUACGUGCUGAAAAUGUGAUGGGAUUGAGUGAACCACUAGUAGGUGCACCAGUGUUUGCAAAAGAUCCAUUUGAUCAACCUGGACCACCCUCUACUCCUGAAAUAACGGGAUAUAGUCGUAAUCAGAUAAAUUUGUCGUGGAAUCCACCAAGUAACGAUGGUGGAUCGCCUAUCAUAGGUUAUGUAAUCGAAAAAUUUGAAAAAGGUGACAAUGAUUGGACACCCGUCAAGAUGCGCUCAACUAAAAAUACCAAAGCUAUUGUAACUGGUUUAAUUGAAGGAGAAACUUACCAAUUCCGGGUCCGAGCUGUUAAUCUGGCUGGUGAAGGUGAACCAAGCGGUAAUUCUGAACCCACAAUGUGUCGUCCGUUCGUUACCCCACCUGAUGCCCCAGAUCAGCCACGAGUAGGUAAGAUAACAAAAAACUCCGCGGAAUUGACCUGGAACCGUCCUUUAAAAGAUGGUGGAGCCCCAAUUGAAGGAUAUAUUGUUGAGAAAAGAAAAGUUUGUGUUGGGGACUGGAUACCAUACAACGAUAAACCUGUUAAAGAUACUUUCCUGGUAGUGGAACCACUAGAGGAGAACGGAGAAUAUGAAUUCCGCGUGAAAGCAGUUAAUUCGGUUGGAAAAAGUAAACCGUCUAGGCCAACCGAUGUGGUGCGUAUUGAAGAGCAGCCAGGUCGGCCAUGUUUAGAUCUAUCUGACAUUAAAGAUAUCACUGUCAAGGCUGGAGAUAAUUUUGAAAUUAAAAUCCCUUUCACUGGUGGCAAUCCAAAACCAAUGGCAACUAUUUUUAAUGGAGUGAAAGAAAUAUUUGGCGAAGAUGAUCACAUUAAUAUUGAGGUAAGCGACGGUUUUGUGACUUUAACAACAAAGUCAGCGAGAAGAUCAGAUGCUGGGCCGUAUCGUGUUACAUUAAGUAAUCGUUUCGGUAAGGAUAGCACAAAAGUGAAUGUUAAUGUGUUGUCACCGCCAGGUAAACCUGUAGGUCCAAUAGCAGCAAGUGAAAUUGUCGGUGAUGCAAUAACACUUCACUGGAGUCCGCCACUUGAUGAUGGCGGUGCUGGUGUAAGCAAUUAUGUGGUGGAAAAACGUGAAUCGGAUGGUACCUGGACCAAAGUUGGUCAGCCAGCUGGUACCAGUUUCCGAGUACGUAACUUAGAAAAUGGACAUCCAUAUGAAUUUCGAGUUUCGGCUGAAAACCAGUACGGCAUUGGUGAACCACUUGAAACAACGGAACCGAUUACUGCAAAAGAUCCUUUUAGUAACCCUGAUGCUCCUGGGAGACCAGAAGCUAUUGCAACAACUGAGAAUACCAUUACGUUGCAUUGGACUCAACCGUUGAAAAAUGGUGGUUCACCAAUACAAGGUUACGUGUUGGAAAAGCGUAAAAAAGGUGAUGAGUGGUUAAGAUGCGCUUUUGGCCUUAUCAACGAUACGCAGUACCGGGUCACUGGUUUAACACCACACAAACGUUAUGAAUUCCGUAUAGCAGCAGUAAAUGGAGUUGGCCAAAGUCCAUGGAGUCAAAACAGUGAACAAAUUACGGCUCAGAUGGAAGCUGUGAGGCCAAGGAUUCAGCUUGCUUUAUUUGGCAAAGACAUUAUUGCUCACGUUGGAUCUUCAGCGAAGAUUUUGGUGCCAUUUUCGUCAAGUCCGUCUCCGGAAAUAAUCUGGAAUAAGGAUGGUAAGCCAAUUGAUGAAAUGUCAAAACGUUUAAGACUUGAAUCAAACGACUUUUUGACACAGCUGUUAUAUGAAAAAUGCGAACGAGACGAUACGGCUACCUACACCAUCAAGCUGGAAAAUGAUGCUGGAUCAGAUAGCGUCAAUGUCAGAUUACUAGUUGUCGAUAGUCCAUCCCCACCAAAGAGUCUUAUAGUUUCCGAUAUCACACCAGAUUCCUGCGUUUUGGAUUGGGAACCUCCAGAUGAUGAUGGAGGCUCUCAUAUCACAAAUUAUAUCUUGGAAAAGUGUUGCGUUAAUACGCCGUCAGAUGAUGUCUGGGAGAAAAUUAGUUCAUUCGUACGUGGUACCAAUUAUGUAGUAACUGGUCUUAAUGAAGGCGAGAGCUACAAAUUCCGAGUUAGGGCGGAGAAUCAGUACGGUAUAUCAGAACCAAAUGCAGUAAAUGAGCCAAUUGUUGCUUGCUAUCAGUUUAAGGUACCUUCACAACCAGAUCCACCCACUGUUCGUGACAUGGACAGUACAUGGGCUGAAGUGGAAUGGGAAUCACCUUUAGAUGGAGGUUCGAGGAUUCUCGGAUAUGUGUUGCAGUACAAGGAACCUACAUCUGGUAAAUGGAUAAAUGCCAGUGCCCGCCCACUAGAGGCUACCAGCUUCCGUGUUCAGAAUUUAAAGGAUAAAGGUGAAUAUGAAUUCCGUGUUAUCGCUAAGAACAAAGCUGGUCUGUCAAAACCAUCGCUGCCAUCAGAAAAAGUACAACUUAAACUCAAAUUUGGUCCACCUGGCCCACCGACCCAAAUAUCUGUCGAAGCGAUAGGAAGAAAUCACGUAACGCUCACCUGGGCUCCACCAACUGAUGACGGUGGUUCCAAAAUAACUGGAUACAUUGUGGAAAGCCGAGAAGUUGGUAUCCAGAGCUGGAGAGUUGUUAGUGACUACAAUGUACAGCAACAUGAAUUCACAGUCCCUAAUCUGAUUGAAUUUCAUGACUACGAAUUCCGAAUUACAGCUAUCAAUAAAUACGGAAAAGGUUUACCAUCAUUACCUUCGUCACCAAUCAAAAUCCAGGAGAUGGGCGGUUCUAAGCCUGUAAUUGUUGUCAAACCAGCGAACACAGCUUCGCCUUAUAAUCGCCGUGCAGUAUUUACAUGUGAAGCUAUUGGCAGACCAGCACCAACCGCACGCUGGUUACGUAAUGGACGUGAAAUACCAGAAGGUGCACGCUAUCGCACUGAAGCACAAGAUGAAGUUUUCAAACUUAUCAUCAAAGAAGUAUGGGAUAUUGAUUCUGGUGAAUAUACUUGUGAAGUGUCAAAUAUUUAUGGUUCCGAUUCUGCUACUGCAGCAUUACUUGUUCAAGCUCCACCUGUGAUAGAAAAAGGUGUUGCAAAUGCUAUAUAUGCCGAUGGUGAAUUAGUACGCCUAAAGAUUUACUUCUCUGGCACCGGUCCUUUUAAUUAUUCAUUUACCCUAAACAAGAAAGAAAUACCUGCGGAUCAUCCCAACAUCCAUUUCGUGGAUUUCAAUAAUCACGUUAUCAUUACUAUUCCUUCGAUACAUAGCAGUGAGGCUGGUCGUUAUGAGUUAACAAUAAGCAACGACAGCGGUGAAGCGAAUACUAGUUUCUGGCUGAAUGUAACCGGGCUACCGUCAGCACCUCAAGGGCCACUACAAUUUUCAGGCUUGAAUUUAUCUCAAGUAUUACUUAGUUGGAAGCCUCCAGUGAGUGAUGGCGGUGCACGUAUAAGCAAUUACGUUGUCGAAAAGCGCAACCUAACAAAGGAUGAAUGGACUGAAGUGGCAACACUUAUAAAAGAUACUAACUAUUUGGUUAGUGACCUCUUUGAGGGACACGAAUAUGAAUUCAGAGUUAGUGCCGUAAACGAAAAUGGGCAAGGUCCACCCCUCGUUGGUGACCAGUCAAUUAUUGCACGGCUGCCAUUCGAUCCUCCAUCAUCUCCUGGGAAACCUCAGAGUGUAAAUAUAGGUGAAAAUUCUAUGACGUUGAGUUGGGCUCGUCCAAAUUUCGAUGGAGGAGGUCGCAUCCGUGGUUACUUGAUUGAAAAAAGGGAAGCUGGUACAGAUAUUUGGCAGAAAUGCAAUUAUAAAACAAAUCCAUCUACUUCUUGUGUCGUGAAUAAUCUGAUAGAAAAUCGUGAUUAUGAAUUUCGUGUAUUUGCUGUCAAUGAUGCUGGCCAUUCUGAACCAUCUGUGAGUGAUAUUGUCAAAUACGUUCAUUUGUCAUCUGGACAAGCACCAACAAUCGUUACUCCGCUUACCGACCUAUAUGGUGAACAAGGACGAUCGGUGACUUUAGAAUGCGUAAUAACUGGCAAUCCACAACCGGAAUAUCGUUGGUACAGAGGUCUCCGAGAGCUUAUCGAAACUUCCAAAUAUAGCAUCUACGACAAGGGUGACACACAAACACUGGUCAUUAAUGAUUUGCAUGCUGAUGAUACCGACGAGUACUCUUGCCGUGCAACGAACUCUAAUGGCACCAAAUCAACGCAAGCACAAAUGACUGUUUGUUCUAAACCCCGUGUAUUCCUUCCACCACAGUACCAUGGAGGUUAUGAAGCAAAGAAAAAUGAAAGCAUCGAGUUGAAAGUUCCAUUCAAAGCGUUUCCACAACCUAAAGCAAAGUGGUUCAAAAAUGCUGAACCAAUUAGCGGUUCUGACAAAUAUAAAAUUAUUACCGAUGACAAGUUUACAACUUUGAUAAUCUCGAAUGGUACACGAGAAGAUUUUGGGCAGUACCGAGUAGUUGUAGAAAAUAAUGUUGGUUCAGAUUCCGCUACUAUAAGUUUAACUGUUGCUGAUAGACCGGAUCCGCCGCGAUUUCCUAUUGUUGAAAAUGUUCUAGAUGAAGCUGUUAUUUUGUCAUGGAAAACUCCGGCGCUGGAUGAAAAUGUUCUGAUCACUAACUAUAUUGUUGAGCGACGUGAGGCAACCAGCGGGCAGUGGGAACAAUGUGCCAGAUCACGUUAUACUUAUCUGACAGUAGAAGGCCUGAAACCUAAGCAUACUUACGAAUUCCGUAUCAUUGCCGAAAAUAAAUACGGACAAUCAAAACCGUGCGAACCAACUGCCCCUAUUACUAUUCCUGAGCAACGUAUUCGGAAAAAAGGUUAUGAUGUUGACGAUUUGGGUAGGAUUGUCCAUGGGAAAGGAGUAACAUCUGAUAAUUAUGAUGCUUACGUAAUCGAUGUUUGGAAAGAAUAUUAUCCACAACCGGUAGAACCAAAACGAGAAUCGGUGUACGAUUAUUACGACAUUCUUGAAGAAAUUGGGUCAGGGGCAUUUGGCUCUGUACACCGUUGUGUUGAAAGAGCAACUGGUAAUACCUUUGCUGCGAAAUUUGUUAACACUCCUCAUGAUGCGGACAAGGAUACAGUGCGCAAGGAAAUUAAUACCAUGUCUGUUCUUAGACAUCCGAAACUGAUAAAUCUGCACGAUGCUUUUGAAGAUGAUAAAGAAAUGAUCAUGGUUCAUGAGUUUAUGUCAGGUGGUGAGCUGUUCGAGAAAAUUUCCGAUGAAAAGAAUCGUAUGUCGGAAAUGGAUGCGGUCGGUUACAUUCGACAAAUAUGUGAAGCCUUAUGUCAUAUGCAUGAGAUGAGUUAUGUGCAUUUGGAUCUGAAACCUGAGAAUAUUAUGUUCAUAACAAAGAAAAGUGACCAGUUAAAGUUGAUCGAUUUCGGUUUAGCAGCAAAACUAGAUCCUAGAGACACUGUAAAAGUGACAACUGGUACAGCAGAAUUUGCGGCACCAGAAGUAGUUGCCAAUGAACCAGUCGGAUAUUAUACCGACAUGUGGAGCGUUGGUGUACUUGCUUAUAUCCUCUUAUCCGGUCUCUCACCAUUCGGUGGAGAAACUGAUGACGAAACUCUCCGAAAUGUAAAGAAAUGUGACUGGAACAUGGAUGACCCUAGUUUUGCAAGUAUUUCUCAGGAUGCAAAAGAUUUCAUUAAGAAGAUUCUAAUGCUUGAUCCAAAAAGUCGGAUGACCGUACAUGAAGCUUUGGAACAUCCUUGGUUAAAUGGUGCUACCAGUAAUGUACCGUCUCAGCAAAUACCCAAUGAACGCUAUCAUUCCAUUCGUGACUCUAUUAGACGGAAAUAUGACGCUUGGCCAGAACCAAAUCCACCUCUUGGACGCAUUUCGAACUACAGCUCCCUUAAAAAGCAUCGUCCAUCUGAAUAUCAUAUUCACGAUACAUGGUUCAGUAGAGAAGAAGGCCAGCCACGAUUCAUCGUUAAACCAUUCAGUACAAGCUGCGAUGAAGGUGGAAAUGCUACAUUCUCAUGCAGAGUUAUCGCUUCAUCACCACCAAUAGUAACUUGGCAUAAGGAAGCGAAUGAACUGAAGCAGAGUACCAAAUAUAUGAAGAAAUAUACAGAUAAUAAUUAUAUGAUAGUAAUAAAUAGGGUUAGACCAGAAGACGCUGGUGAGUACACUGUACGAGCAAAGAAUUCAUAUGGUUCUAAAGAGGAAAUCGCAUUCUUGAAAGUGACUGAAUCAACUAGAAGACAAAGCAAUUUAAUAAUAUCAGAAUUUGAAAAACGAGCUUAUGUUAUGCGGGAACCUGAACUAUUUAAAGAACGCCAAAGUGCUCCAAAAUUCACUUUCCAUCUUCGGUCACGUCUUAUCCAGAAGAAUCAUCCAUGUAAAUUAAUCUGCAAUGUACAAGGCGAUCCAAUUCCUAAGGUGGAAUGGUUCAAAGAUGAUAUACCAAUUAACAUGGAUAGAGCACAUUUAACCUAUAGAAGCGGUGUGUGCACGAUGGAAUUAUUCAGUUCCCGUAUGGACGAUGCGGGUACUUAUCGUUGUGAAGCAACUAACAGUUUAGGAACAGAUUAUACCGAAUGUAGUGUCAAUGUACAAGGUAGAAGCGGCGAAUCAAUACCGGUAAAACCACUUCGUACAAGACGGAUUUAUGACACUCUCAGUGCAGGCAAUAUCGAACGUUCACAAUCUAGUGCCGAUGUUUUGCCGGAACAUAAUAUAAAGCCAUCAACACCACAGUCUCGGGAUGAUUUAACUGCAAAAUAUAAUGAUAAACCACCAACUUUUAUGUCGAAAUUGUCGAACACUGCCGUAAACGAGGGCGAACAAGCUGAAUUCUCUUGUACGAUAACUGCGUAUCCGGAACCGCUUAUCGAGUGGCUCCACAACGGUGAACGUAUCAUUGGUGAUUCUCGACUAAAAAUUUCUUUUGUCACUGAUCGAGCUUCACUAACAAUCAGAAACAUUAAUAAACAAGAUGCGGGGGAAUACUGUUGCAAGGCUAGUAAUUCGGCAGGUUCGGAAACAAGUAAAGCAGAACUUAUAAUUAAAAAAAGCGCUACAAGGAUGGAUAAUGCUGUAGCUGAACCGCUGACAAAUGGUGAAUUGACCGCUAAAGAGACAGCAAAGCAACCUGAAACAGCAAUCCAGACUAUUUUAAACGGUGAUGUGAUGAACAACAUGGGUGGAAAGACCUUAGAAAAAGAUGGCCAAUUUCGGAUAAUUCGACAUCUAGAGGGAAUUCAGGUUGCUUCUGGUUCAACGGCCAUCUUCUCAGCACUGUCUUCCGGAGCUGUGGAUGAGGUAAUAUGGCUCAAAAACGGAAAAGAAAUCCAGUCAAAUGAAAAUGUGACAAUGAAAGUAAGCGACAGUGAAUAUCGACUUGAGCUCUCUAAGGUGUCUCCUGACGAUCACGGCAUUUAUCAAAUCGACUUCCGGCAUGGUGGAAAAACAUUUACGUCAGCUGCGUCACUUGUUGUACUUGACAAACAAAAUGAACGCGCUGUUUGCAAACUUCCACAAUCCGUGACGGUUAAAUCUUCAACGCCCUGUAAAUUAGUUCUUGAAAUGGAGAAUGGCGAAGAUUUGACAGUACAGUGGUUCAAAGGAUUGAGUAAAGUAGAGAAAUCCAAUCGUAUCAAAUCAGUUAAAUCUGGAAAUGCUUUCAAAUUAGAUUUCAAGGAUGUCCAACCUGACGAUGAAGGCAUUUAUGUAGUAAAAGUAAUCAAGGAUAAAAAAGCGAUAUGUAAAUACGCAGCUGCUUUACUGGUCGAAAAAUAA